UAGUGACGACUCCAAAAGAGUUGAUUGCGUUCUGUCGGCUGGAUUGCUAGCAGCAGGUGUAAUACGGCAAAUACUGAAAGCACAAAUCGAUCGCCAACGAAAUGCUGGAGCAAGACACAAGAUCUUUGAAGAAAGACUCCACCUCCAUAUUCGCCACUAAUUGGGCACAAAAUGGUGGCAUCAAUUUGGAUUGGGAUUCGUGUGAUUCCAUAGAUAACACGUCGGAUCCCGUAGCAAUCACCAUAGAUGGGGAGCAGCAUUGGGUUUCUGGGAUUGAUUCAAAUACGACAUGCACAAAUUUAAUUUGGGCACUGCUGCACUACCAGGAGUUCGAAGAGAAGCGUUGCAGCGAUAACAAUUUGAACAGAUCCACAAAUAUACCCAGCCAAAUGAAAUUAACAACAAAUACCAAAGAAAAUAAACAAACUUCUUAUAGCAGCAAGGACUCGAAGAACUCGUAUCAGUAUGUGAUUGUAAAACAGUUGCGAGACUCUCGAUUCGAGGAAUACUUGGAUGGUAGCACUCGCAUCUUAGAUGUCGUAUCCCCAAAUAAACAGUGUGAGCUGCAGCUAAGACAUCUAGUGGAAAAGGAACCCACUGAUGGAUCAUCGCGAGUAAAUAAUCAGAAGCAACAGCAAAUGUUCUCAAUGCUAUCAAUGUCUACGGAUAAUGAUAGUGGAAUGGGCAGCCCAGUGGCUAGUUCUCGAAGUGAACGCUUUCGGAGACGGCGGGGCAAACAGAGAUGUGAAAGUGCCCUCUGCCGGGCUAGUUCAGCAUUACCAACGCCAAAUAUGCCUCAACCACUAAACUAUUGCAUUGCGAAUCCAAAUGAACGUAUAAUGAAUAUAAUUCUGACCCAAGAUGAGACCAUAAAUAGGCAAAUUUAUUUAUUGAAUGAAAAGGAACAAGAAAUCAUGAUGAUUGAGGAUGAAAAGCAUCGAGUACGUGAACGUAAGUUGAGCAAGAAUUAUAUGCUCGAUGCGUAUUUGGAUGCACCCGAGAGACCAGCACAAAGAAAACGAAAUGUGAAUAAUCAGAAGAAGCCGAGGAUACAAAACUCCAAUCUGGAUACGCUGAUAACUGAAAGCGGAGUGGAAUCGAAUCGAUUGGAAACCUUUUGGUUGGAAAGGACUUAUGCGCUCAAUAAACUGCUGCAUCGUGAGGAGGAACAGCUGCUGAGUCUGCACGCGAAGAUUCGCAAGCAUCAGAUGCGUUUUGCUUACCACACCAAGGACGAAGUGCUCCAACAAAUCGAUAGACUGGACUCCGAGUUGUCCAAUCAGGUGGAUAAUAUUUAUAAAACAGAGCGACAACUGCUCAUAGCCAAUGAGCAGUUGAAAGCCAAGCUAAGCGUACUUGAGUGUUUGGGCUAUGAGCUGGAUGUGAUGCCGUUCACCAAACCAGAAAUCGAGACAGAAACGGAUCUAGCAACAGAUCGAUUUAAAUCAGCUUUAAAUUGCCAAUCCCAAAAGGAUACCGACGAUCAGCAUUGCCUGAAGAGCUUUUUCUCAUCGCAGCAUCUCAUUGAAAAGAACUCCACUGUUUUGGAUCAAAAGACUCUAAAGAAACGAAUGUUUUCCGCCGUUGACAAUCCAAGCUCAGAGACAAGAUCAGAUUGGUGUUAUCAAAAUCGGGAAUGGAUGCUUGAUUUUGAUGUGGAACACUUUGGAACACUCGUAUAACUUUAACAGAUUAACGGGGUGCGUGAAAGCAAAAAGAGAUUCUCAAUGUUUACCAAAAUGUUAUGUUAUAACAAAUAAAAUGUUUGUUUAA